AUGCGAAUACCCUAAGCUUUUUUCGAAAGCAUGGUAAAACGAUAUAAAAGACUAAAACAAAAUGAUUCUGAAGAUUACAGUUGGAUUGAAACUACAACUAAACCAUUAAUAGAUAGAAUUUCAGACUUUGCAUAAUGUAAAUAAUUACAAGAUCCUAAAUACAUAUAAAUAAUCAGUGAAACCAUAGACAAAAUACUAGAAGCAGCAGUUGCUUUAUUCUAGGAAUAAAAUUAAAAUCCAUGUAUUUAAUUACUUGGAGAAUGUGAUUCUAUUUAAAUUUGGAAUUUGUCUUUAUAGUGUUGUGAUUUUAUUAGAACUUGUGGAAAUCCUAAAAUUGGUAUUCAUUUAAAUUUUAAAGAAAGUCGAUAUGAUAUUCAGUUAUGAGCAUAUGUUAACUUUGAUAUUCCAUAACCCAGAUUACGAUUUAUCAAAAAUUUACAAAAUUAUAUAGUGUAUGUAAUUUCUAAUAGAAUCCUUAAAUACAUCUAAAAUUUGCAAAUUUAAAAGUAUAUAAUAUAUAUUAAUUUUAGUUGAUAUCUUUGAAAGAGUAUUAUUAAGAUUUAUGUAUAUCAAUGCAUUCUUUUAAAAGAGCAUUUAUAACUUAAGUGAUUUAGAAUAAUAAGAAUUGUUCUAAUUUUAAUUGGAUCAUUGCAUUUUAAAGUUCAUCUUUCCAUCUGAUGAUAUGAUCAAUUAUCAAAGAUAUUUAGAAAUGAGUAAUCUUCGUAAAAUCUUAAAAAAUCCUCCCCAUUCUUUUGAAGUGUAAUUUGAUUCUACUAAAAAUCCUUAUGAAUAAGCUAUUUAUAUUAUUGAAGAUAAUAAAUUGUAGAAAGAUAGCAUACUAUUUGAUUAAGUCUUCAUUAGAUUACUCUGUCAUUAUUCAGGAACAGAAUUAUUAAUAUAGAAAAUGUUUAUCAGCAAUUAUAUAUUCCAUUUUAAGUGUGUCUUUUAGGAACUUCAAUUAGUCAACAAUAAGCAUAUGUUGGAUAUAUCUAAUAGAUUAAUAGAUUAAAAAGAUUUUCUAUUUCUUUUAAUACGAAUGAUAGCUAUUAAUAAAGAAGAAUCAUUAAAUGAUAUUUUAGUAUAUAGUCUUCAAUUUAUUAAAUCCAAAUAAAUUCAACUCUAUGAACAUAAUAGUAAUUUUUUAGAAAACUUAUGGUUGUUUGAACUUUAAGGAAUACAAGAUUUUUUAAUGGAAUGGAAACAUGAAUUUUAAAUUCCUGAAGGUAGUUUCUAUGAAAUUAAAUUUUCAUUAAGUCCAAAAUUUUAAAAGAUAUUCUUUCAAUAAUUGUUGGAUUAAUAAUUUACAUAAAUCUUUAAGAAACAACCUAAUUAUCAAUAGUGGAAUAACAUUAUUGUUUAAAUAAUAAGAAAAUCGUUUUUAGAUGAUGGAUAAACUAGAUUGCCUUAUCAUAUUUUGAAUGCUUUAUUGUCUUAUUCAGUGAAUUUAAUAAUUGAAAUUCCAGGAAAUAAUUAAAAUUAAUAAUUAGAUUAUUAAUUGGAAACAUAAAUUAUUUAAGGAUUGCUUGAAAUUUUAAGUAAUUGUUGUAAAUCAUAGUAACUUUAACUUCAAAUUAGAGGGUUUUAAUUAUUAAAUUAAUUAAUAACCUAUUACAAAUAAGAAUUUGAUUAAGUUUAAAUAUAAAAUGCUUAAUCUGAAUUUAUGAUGCCUGUACCUGAAAGAUAUCAUAAAUUGUUAUCAGAAAUUUGGUCAAAUAAAAUAUUGGAAAACAGUUUAUAUAAAACUUAAUUAAAUGAAUAAUUAUACAUCUAUUUAAUAACAUUAUUAGCUAUAAAUAUGGGAGAGAAUCCAGGAAGGGUGAGAGAAUUUUAUGAAAAUAAUAAUUUACAAUAUUUAAUUGAAAGAAUUAUGGAACUAUUGAAGAUAUGUUCUAGAGGAUCUAAUUUGAUAGUAACAAUAAUAAAUUUAUUGAUUGCUAUAAGUACUAAUGAAUAAGCUAUAUCAUUGGCUUUAUCAUCAACUAAUGAAAAGGAUUAAUAAAAAUAAGAGAAUUUAAUAAAGUAGAUAUUUAUUAAAUGCUAUUUACCAUCAGUUGAACUUUUACAUGAUCCUACAGUAAGUGAAGAUUUUGCUAAAAAGAUUAUAAUGUUAUACAGUCAAAGUCAUUAAGCUAAAAAGUAAAUAGAAAAGGUUAUUGAAAAUACAUUUGUUGCAAUUUCACAAUUGGUUGAUUUGAGUAAAGAUAAAAUAGAAGAAAUAGUAAGUAAUUAAGAAAAAUUAUAAUCAUUUUAUGGAUAUUCAAAAAGUCUUUAAGCUUUGUUAUAAUUGUUUAUGUAAUUACAACCAGAGAAGAAAUCUUCAUAGUAUAGAUAAUUUUAAGGAUAUGAGGAACUACAACUGGAAGAAGCUUAGAGAUAAAAAGACAUGUUAUUCAAUUCAUUGUUAAAAAAUUAAAAGUUUGUUGAUGCUUUGGAGAAAAUCAUUAUGAGUCCAAUUCUGAUAGGAAGCAAGAAUAAAGAUAAAUAUGUUGAACAUUAUGUUGGGAUAUUAUGCAAAAGAAAUAAAAUAAAUCCAUUUACUUCGUUAUGGAAAGAAUUAGAUUUAAUAUCUUAGAAUUAUAUGAUAAUAGGAGAUUAAAAGAUUAUUGAUAUAGGUAAGUUAGUUGAUUAUGAUGCUUUAUCAGUUCAUAUGAGUUAUAAAUACUUUUUUAGAAAGAUCAUAAAACAUAUAUCUCCUUAGACUUAUAGAGGGUUUUAUAUUUUAAGUCGCUUUCAUUUAAUACAUUAUUUAAUAAAGAUUUGUGUUAGUUAAGGAGGAGUAUAACAUUAAGAUAUUCAUUUAUUGAUUGCUCAAUUAUUAUAAAUUUAUUUCUUAUCUUCACAACAUGCUGGAUUUCAUGAAUCUAUAAUGAUGUUUAUGGCUGCAAAAUCACAGAUUUAAAGAUUCUAGAAUAGUUAUGACGAUGAUUCUCAAAUUAGAAAAAGGAUUAGUAAAGAUAAUUAAAUACCUCUCUAGGAAUCAUGCGUAGAUUUAAUUAAUAAAUUAUAAUUAUAAGCUACUGUAGAAUAAAAGGAAUUUAUCGUUAAAAAAUAUGGAGAAAUAACACAAUUAUUCUUUAUCAAUUUUUAAGAAAAAUAUUAAUAAAUUAAAGAGUCUUAAGGAUUAAAAUUAAUUUAACAUGUUACUUAUAUGUAAGACAUUCUUAAAUCCUUUAAGUUUUUUUUAAAUCUAUUUCAAAAUUUAGAAUAAUAAAAUUAACCAAUAUAAUUUACAUUUAUUUGUUAUUAAAAUAAAUCAUUUUACUUAGAUCUAAUUGAUAUGAUGAAAUAUUUAGAUAAUGUUUAAAAAUAAUCAUUAAAUAAUAACAAUAAAGAAUAAGAAGUUGUUAAGAAGAUUUUACCUAGUUUUAUUGAAGCUUUUAAUUUACACAUAGAUAAUAUUAUAAAAUAAUCAUUUUUUAGAAAAAUGCUUUUAGAUAAAAUUUAUAUUUCUGAUUAAUGCAUAAUUGAUCCAUCAUAAUUAGAGUAGGUUUCUAAUGAAUUGAUACUUUCAUAAACUUAUUUACUUAGAGGAAUGAUUGAUUCAUUACUUUAAGGUAAUUGUGAAGGUCAAUUAAAGAAUUUAUUUGAAUAACUUAUUUAAAGAUUUUAUUUAAUUAAAGAUAUUUAAAUAUAAGAUCUUAGAAAAUUGGGAGGAUUAGAAUAGAAAGAUUAAGUACUUGCUUAAAAAGAGCUUAUUUAAUUAUUGUAAGGAAAUGAAACAAAUGAAUAGAGGUAAACUAUUUUUGAUAGACCAGAAAUCAAGGGAAUUUUAGAAAAAGUAUGUGAAAUAGGAAUUAAUUAAAAAUUAGCUAAAAAGGCAAUUCAAAGAGUAGAAAUUCCAGAACUAUCUCUUGUUCUUGAAAUGAUUUUUAAUGGAAGAAUAUCUGAUGAUGAAGAAGAUUUAGAUGAUCUACUUUUUGAAUCUGAAUAAAAAAGCGAAAAUUCAGAAACUUAAUAAAAUAAUUAAUAAAUUUAAAAUGAUUCCAAAAGAUUAGUUGAACAAGAAUAAAACUAAAAUAUUAUAACAGUUAUUGACAAUGACUUAUUUCUCAAGAUUUUAAAUCAAAAUUUCCCAUUAUUUGAUCCAUAAGUAACAUUAUAAGAAAGAAUUUCAUCAAUUAUAAACAAUUUUUAAUAGAAAUUAGAUGAAACCAUUAAUUAACUUUUAGAUUAAUAAUUAAACAAUUAAAAAUCUAAUAAUAACCUUUUAGAAUAUUUGUUCACGAUUGCUAAAAAACAGUAACAUGUUUAGAAAAUAUUGGAUUAAAUAUUUGUAUCACUUUAAGCCUUUAAAUCAUAAUAGACUUAAGAUUUGAAUUAAAAAAUGAGUUAAUUUAACAAUACUUUAUAAUGGUUAGCACUUCUGUAAUAAAUAUCUUAAUAGGAACAUGAAAAAUUAUACUAAAAUGUUGCUCUUAUUGAUUAAGACCCAUAAAAAGAAUAAAAAUUUGUAUUAUCUUUUUAAGAGAUUAUAAAGAUAGGGUUUGCUUUGAUUUAGGAAAUUAAUGAUUAAAUGAUAAUAUAAAGCUAAAAUGAGUAUUAGGAAUUAACUCAAAUAAAUGCCUCAGAAUUAAACUACACAUAAAUAUGUCAAAAAGCCCAAUAAAUAACAAAUAAUCUAAAUAUCUUAUAUGAGACUAAAUAUAAUACAUUACGAUUAUUCUGUAAAGAGUUAUAGGAAGCAUAAAAAUAUUUAACAAGAUUUGUGAUGAAUUAACAAAAUAAGCAUGAUUAAUUAAUAGAAAGAUAUUGGAAUUAGAUAGAAAUUUACAUAUAAUUUUUGAUAUAAAUAUGUAUAGUGAAUUUCAAUUUAUAAGAGGAAUCCUAAAAGACUCAUAACUUGUUAAGUGAGAUUGAUAUAUUUAUAAAUAAUAAUAAAGGUUUAAAAGAAUAGAGAGAUUCUACAUAAAAUAGCAUUUACUUAAGAUAGUUGAUAUAGAGGAGAUUGUUUUCUGAUAAAUUGGUAAUUACUUAAUUACUAUAAUGUUUAAAUAAUUUUGGUCUUCAUAAUUAGAGCAAGUUGUAUAAAUUGUUAACAAAAAAGCAGAAAGAAGACAAUUAAUCAUUAUUAUAAGUUUUGUUAGGAUUGAAAAUAUAUUCAAAUCAUAUGGAAUAUGAGGAAUCAUAACCAGUAUUUUUAGAAAAUUUGAUUUAUUUGAUAGGUAUAGAUAGUAGAACAGCAAAAGAUUUGAUAUUAGUAAUUUUGAAAUAGGUAAUGUUGAAUGAGCAUAUAGAUUGGCAUGCAUAAUAAAUAAAGAAUUUAGAUGAAUUGAAUUAAAUUCAGAUUCCUCAUAAAUAUAUUGAAUGCCCAUUAUAAUAUUUAUUAUAGUUUCAUCCUGUUUUGGUGAAUAAUCCAUUAGUUUAUAAGAUAAUAAUAGAAUAGGAAGGCCUUACAAUAAAUGAUAAGUUUUCAGAACUAUCUCGAACCCAUACAGUGAGAUAAUCUAUUUUAUAGGCAACUGGUAAAUUAACAAAAGAAUAAGAGAAAUUAUUAAAAGAGAAAGAGAAGGAAUUGCUUCAAUAAAUUUAGACUGAUAUCAUUAUUAAAUUUGAAUUGGAUCAUGUAAUAGAACCUUAAUUAAAUUCUAAUUUUAUUAAUUUGAUUGAUAUUAUAGCAUAAGCAACAGUUGAUAGAUUCUUUGAGGAGAAUUUCAGAUUUGUUGAAUAAGUGUUCAAUAUUAAAUUAAACUAAUAUAAAGAUGAUAAUAGAAUGUAUUUAUAUGGAUGGGAUCAAUUGUUAAGGAUAAUUGAGAUGUUAAUCAUAAAAAUACCUUAAUUAAUAUUAUAUAUACGAUAAUUGAAGGUAUCUUUACCAAUUUAAGUUGAGAAUAAUUAGAGUAAUAAGAUAACAUUCUUAGAAUUUAUAAUUAAAUAUUUAACAUGGGUAGGAAUUGAUAAACUCUCCAAUUUUAUGCAUAAUUAUUUAAGUGAUAUUAAUAUUUUGUCAUUUGCUUAUGGUGUAAGUUUAGGUCAGGAAGUGUUAUAAUUGUUGUUGAAUGAAUUAAGAAUAGAUUAUGAUAAUAGUAAUGUUAUAUAGAAGUUUUAUCAUGUGUUAUAAUUAUUAGUGUUAUUUACUUAAACAUUAACACUUUAGAAUUGUUUAUUGAUAUUGACUGAUUAGAGAUCAUAAUUGAAUAUAGUACCUAAAAUAAUCAGUACUCUCAAUAAUGUAAGAGAAUGUGAGAAUAAACAAUUUGUUAAAUUGUAUCAAUAAACUAUAGCAAAAGUAUUGGAACCAUUUUUAUAAUCUUAAGUGUAUUUUGAACAUAUCAGAUUAGGUAAAUUUGGUGAUGUUUUUAGACUUUAAUAGAGUAUUUAAAAUGAUUCAUUUCAGUUUCAUUAUCUUCAUUGUCUAAAAAAUUAAGUGAUUUGUUAUUAAUUAUAUCCUAAUUUUAAAAGUACUUAAGGUUCAGCCUAACAUUUUGUUUCGCAUCCAUAGGUUCAAUAAACUCUUAAAGAUGAACAUCAAUAAGAUAUUAUUUGGCCAUUGUAUUAAUCUAGAAGAAACUUGAAUAACUAAAAAAAUAACAAUUAAAAAUAAUAUGAUGAAGAUUAAAGCGAUUCAGAUUCUGAUUAAGACAUUUUAUAAAUUGAAAAUUGUCAAAUCAAAUAUAGAGCUAAUUAUUCAAGUAUUAAUUCAUGGGGUGACUAUUAUUCAUAUGAAAAUGAUUUUAUGGCGAAAUGUGCUAUCAAUAGAGAUGAAGAAAGAAUUCAUAAAGAAAAUUAACACAAUAUCUUUCCCUAAAAAGAAUUAAAUAUUCUUUUUUGUAAUUUGGAUUAAAAGAUCUAUCAGUUCUAAUUACCUGAUUUUAAAAUUUCAACUUAAAAUAUCAUCUAUUAAUAAAAUGAUUACAAAAAUUGGAUUACCUCUGUCGUGGGUUUGUAUUUUAGUUCAAAUGAAUAUUUUGAAAAUAAGAAAUCUUUAAUUUCUAAAGCUUAUGAAAAUUAAUUAAAAUACACUGUUGAAUAUAUACAUUCUAUAAAUAGAUUACUAUUAUCAUCCCCUUUAUAUCAUACUAAAUAAGUUGAAUAAAUGUAACACUAUUUAUCUUAUUAUUUAAAUGGAUCAUUAAAUCAUUUCUAAAUUUAAUCUGGAACUGCAUGUUUUUACUCUAAAUUUGGUUAAGCACCCAACCAAAUUUAAUAGGAUUAUUAAGGUAAUUCUUUAUCAAUUAAUAUUAAUGAAUCAUCAUUAUAAUAAUAAAGAAUUUUAACUUAAAUUUCAUGUAAUGUUUUAUAAAGUAGAGUUGUACUUACAGGAAUGCCAAAUGAUUUACAUGAUUAAGCAAUAUUAAAAGCUAAAUUACAAAGUCUCAUUCAUCCAGAAGAUAUUCUUACCUGUUAACCAAAAUUAAUUGAUAUACCAAAAAGAGUGUUAAUUUAACCUGAUGAGUAAUAACUUUAAAUUACUGAUAACAUAAUCUUAGAAAUGUUUAUUUCUUUAUUGUUAGAUUAAAACAGUUUUCCAUAAUUUCCAUUUAAUCUCUUACGUUAAAUAAGUAAAAGUUCUCGCUUAGGAUUCAAAUUACUUAUUUAAUUGCUUAUAUUAUAUUAAGAAUAAAAAAAUAAUUUAGAACUCACACUUAAAAUUUUAUAUUUAGUUAGUUAAAAGAUACCUUCAAAUAAUCUUAGAGAUCUACUAUCUGAGUAAUUAUAAAUCAGUCCAAUUCUAAAUAAAAGAGAAAAAGCAAAUCUAGCUAAAGGUUAAUAAAUUAAAGAGUAGUUUAUUAUAGAAGAAGAGAAUAUUGAUGAAUAGACUUAAGAAGAUGAUCUUGAAAAUCCAUUAGUAUUUUUGAUUAAUCAAAUCAAUAUUUACUCAGAAAAAAACAUUUCAUUUAUAACAUUAUUUCAUAAUUCUGAGUCAUAUGUACCAACUGAAAAAAGUAUAAAAAAAUUUUAUUUAUUCUAGAUAUAUUACUUACACCUUUAUUAGCCAAUUAAACCAAUUUGCACUUAUAAUACUUAAUUUAAAUUAUUAGAGGUUCUCUUAUGAUUACAUCAGAUGAUAAUAAAGAUAAGACCAAAAAGGGGGAUGAUGAAAAUCUAUAUAAAAUUAUGAGAAGGUAAGCAACUUAAUCUAAUGGUGGAAUUGAUGAAAGUAAAAUUUUCGAUUUGUUUUGUUAAUUAAGCAGAAAUGAAGAUCUCUAAUUUCAUGAUUUAAUCUUAAAGACAUUUACUGAUAAAAAUUUAGAAUCUUAAGAUGUUUGGGAUUAAGCUUCAUUUGCAUUUAAAUCACUUCAAUUUAAAUCAAAUGAAUUUUAAUCUCCAUUCAGAUAAUCAUCUAAUGUAUCCAUUAUCUAAAUGUAACCUCCAUUACCACCUUAACCUAAAUAACCAGUUCCUUCAUUUCCUGUUUCUUAAAUGUCAAUCUUACAGUAACAUUAAUAAUUAUAAUAAUUUUAAUCGAUUAGAUAACAUUCAUAAUAAAUAUAAGCAUUACAUUAAUCUAAAUUAUAAGAAGAUUAAUUGAAAUAGUAAUAAUAGUAAUAAUAGUAAUAGUAAUAAUAAUAAUAAUAGUAAUAGUAAUAAUAAUAAUAGUAAUAGUAAUAAUAAUAAUAAUAAUAAUAGUAAUAAUAGUUAUAAUAAUCAUUAUUAUCUAUAAAUGAAGAAUUAGAUGAAAAUGAAUCAAAUUCAUAAUUAUCUAAAAGGGAAAGAAAGAUUAGUGCUAAAAUUUCUCAUGUUGAAAUUGAUAUCAUUACUUCCCUAUGUAGAACUCUUAACAAUCCACAAUUAAGAGAAGGAAAUUCAAAUGAAAUAAUUAAUAUUUUGAAUUCGUAUGCAAGUGAUAAAUUAAAAAUUGAACAUGCGAUAAAUGAAUUAACAAAAUAUAUUAUUUAAUAAUCAAAAAUUUUCAACUUUGAAUUAGAUAAAAAAAGAAAAUAACUUAGAGAAAUUACAAGUUAAAGAGAAAAGAUAAAAGAUUACGAUCCUGAACAAUUUUAAACACUUAAUAAUACAGAAAAUGAAAUAAUCAAAAAAUUAAAUUAAAAAACUCCUGAUCCCAAUAUUAUUCAAAGAUGUUUUAUUGCAAUUACAGGAUUUCUAAAUCUUAAUUUAAUGGUAUCUGAUUAAACUAAUAAAUAAGUUAUAAAACCAAGUUCAACAUAAACUAGAUAAUAAAUUUAAUUAGAUAAAAAGAAAUAUAAAUUAAAUUAAUAAGGUAAAAGUGUUGAUACUACAAGUGAUAUUGACUAAUAAGUCAAAAAAGAUAUUAGAACUAGAUUCAUUAAUGUUUUAUAAACUAGAUAAACACAUCAUUUAUGGUUAAACGUUGUGGAAACCUUACUUUUGAUUUUUAAUUACAAAGGGUCUAGAUCAUUAGAGUUAUUAUAAAAAAAACUAUAUCCACUUUUGGAAUGUUUUUUAAGGCUUUAUUAAAAUGUACAUGAGGAACUGAAUUCUUAAGAAUAUUCAGAAAAAACUAAUUCAGAAACAAACUUUUUUGAGAGGAAUUUAAGUGGUUCAGCUACCAACUCUCUUUAAUUUGGUUUAUUAUAAACAUAAACAAUACAUUUAAAACGAUCUUUUUCAUCAGUAAGAAAUGAGAAUGAAAUGUAAAUGAAAAUUGAUGAAUUGUUUACCUAUUUAUGUAUUAAUGGAAAAAGAAUAAUUAAUUAUUUAAUUAAUCAAAGAUUAUAAUAAAUAACUUAUGAUUUAAAAUUAAGUCAUUCAUAAAAUCCUAUAAAAUUGUUUAAAGAAACUGAUCCACUUGGCUUUGUAUUUUUUAAAAUGAGCUAAAUUGUUUCUUUUCAAAAUAAGAAACAUUUUUUUGAAAUGGAUUUAGAAACCUUAAAAAUUAAUGAAAAACCUAAUUAAAGAUAAAGGGGGAGAUAAAGUGAAACUAUUGAAUUUAAUGUUGAAAGAGAGAAGAGAUUAUAAUAAUCUUUAGAAAAGGUUUUGCAUGUUGAAAAAAAUAAAUUCAGAAGAUGUGAAAUUAAAAUUAAAUAUUUAGGAGAAAAAGGAUAAGAUGAAGGAGGAAUAAGAAAGGAAUGGAUGACUAAUCUUGUAAAAGACAUAUUACAAACUGAUAAAUUUGAAUUAACUACUAAAAGGUUUUAUAAAAUUAAUAAAAAUAAAAAAGCUACUGAAGAUAUGAAUUAUUAUAGGCUUUUAGGUAGAAUCGUAGCAAAAAGUAUUUAUGAUGGAUUACUGUUACCUGUAUAUUUUAUUCCAACGAUUUUUAAAAUGAUUCUACAAAAGAAACCUAAUUUUGAUGAUUUAGAACAUUAUAAUGAAGGUUAUUAUGAUACUUUUAUUAAAUUUAUGAAUGAUGAGACAUAGGUUCAAUAUAAAGAUUUAUUUGAAUUUUGGAUUCCAGAAGAAUAUGCUUAAUUAAUUGAAUAAAAUAAAAAGUAUAUUUUUACUGAUAUUCUCUAAGACUAUUUAGAGAAGAAUCCAAUAGAAAUCAAGUAAGAAUAACCUAUUGAAUAGCAAAAUUAAUUAGAUUAACAAUAAUAAGGCUAAAAAAAUAAAUAAGAUUAACCAUAACAAAAAGAUUAACCAAAAUAAGAAUAAUAGUAAUAAUAAUAAUAAUCAUAAUAAUAAUAAUAAUCAUAAUAAUAAUAAUAAUAAUAAUCAUAAUAAUAAUAGUAAUAAUAAGAAUAAGAAUAAUAAUAAUAAUAAUAAUAGUAAUAACAAUAAUAAUAACAAUAAUAGUAAUAAUAAUAAUAAUAGGAACAAUAAUAAUAAUAAUAAUAGUAAUAAUAAUAAUAAUAAUAGGAAGAAUAAUAAUAGUAAUAAUAAUAAUAAAAAUAAAAUUAAGGAGUUCCUUUUAAAUAAGAUUUGAUUCAAUAUUUCUUAUAAAAGAAUUAAGAUUUGAAUGAUUCUUAAUAAAAGAAAAAAUCAGAGGAUAUAACUGCUGAAGAUAUGGAAAAUAGAGAAAAAAAAAGAUUAAUAAGAAAGAACAAGAAAAAAUAAUUAAGUGAUGAAGCUCUUAAAUAAAUAAAACUAUAAGAUGUAUUCUUAUCAUUAUAAUCUAAUGUUACUGUAAAACACAAAAGACUUAUCUGCGAAGUAAUUAGUAAAAAGUUGAUGAUUGAUGAAAUCAAAGGUCAAAUCUAAGUUUUAAGAGAAGGAUUCUUUGAUAUAAUUCCAAAAGAGUAUUUUUCUUAUAUGGAUUGGAGAGAUUUAUAGAAAUUAAUAAUUGGUGUUCCAUCAGUAGAUGGUAAUAAUUAUUAUUAAAUAAUUAGUUGAUGAUCUUUAAGCAAAUACAGAAUAUGUGAAUUACGAUAAAAAUAAUUAGACUGUUUUAUGGUUUUGGGAGGUGUUAAAAACAUUAACUGAUUCAGAAAAAUCUGAUUUUUUAAUGUUCUCAACUGGAAGUCCUUUAGUACCAUUUGGAGGAUUUAAAAAUUUAAGAGGACCGAAUGGACCUAAAAAGUUUUCAAUAUCAAAAGAUUUUAAUUCUGAACAUUUUAUUAAAGCUCAUGCAUGGUAAUAUUUAAUUAUUUAAUUUUAUUAGUUUUAAUAGAAUUGAUUUACCUGAAUAUAAUUCAAAAGAAAUUGUAAGAGAAAAACUAUUAAAAUCAUUAAAAGAAUCAGGAUCUGGAUUCGAUUUGAGUUGA